AUGGCUCCCCACGCGGAAUCCAACAACGGCUCCUCGAACGGGUUGGUUGACGCUGCUAGCAUCCCUGCUGCCAGCGUCGCGCCCACCUUCAAGGUCAACUCUCCCAACGUCACCUACACCGACUCGGAGAUUCGAUCCAAGUAUACCUAUCGCACCACCAGCGUCGACACGGACGCCAGCGGAAACUUUGUCGCCACUCCCAAGGAGACUCCCUAUGAGUUCAAGGUCGAGCGCAAGGUCCCCAAGAUCGGCAUGAUGCUGGUCGGCUGGGGCGGCAACAACGGCACCACCGUCACCGCCGGCAUCCUCGCCAACCGCCGCAACCUCAGCUGGGAGACCAAGGAAGGGCCUCGCCAGUCCAACUACUAUGGCUCCGUCGUCAUGGGCUCGACCCUCAAGCUCGGCACCGACGCCAAGACCAGCAAGGAGAUCAACAUUCCCUUCCACAACAUCCUUCCCAUGGUCCACCCCAACGACAUCACUAUUGGCGGUUGGGACAUUAGCAAGAUGAACCUUUCCGACGCCAUGGACCGCGCUCAGGUCCUCGAGCCUACUCUAAAGGCCCAGGUCAAGAAGGAGAUGGUCGACAUGGUUCCCCUGCCGUCCGUGUACUACCCCGACUUCAUCGCCGCCAACCAGGAGGACCGUGCCGACAACGUCCUCGAGGGCAACAAGGCCUGCAUGGCUCACGUCCAGCAGAUUCAGACCGACAUUCGCCAGUUCAAGGAGAAGAAUGCCCUCGACAAGGUCAUCGUCAUGUGGACUGCCAACACUGAGCGCUACGCUGACCUGGUCCCUGGCGUCAACGACACCGCCGACAACCUGCUCAAGGCUAUCGAGCAGGGUCACGAGGAGGUCUCCCCCUCGACCAUCUUCGCCGUUGCCUGUAUCCUCGAGGGCACUCCCUUCAUCAACGGCUCUCCCCAGAACACCUUCGUUCCCGGCGCCAUUGAGCUCGCCGAGAAGCACAACGCCUUCAUUGGCGGUGAUGACUUCAAGUCUGGCCAGACCAAGAUGAAGUCUGCUCUCGUCGACUUCCUCAUCAAUGCCGGCAUCAAGCUCACCUCAAUUGCCAGCUACAACCACCUGGGCAACAACGACGGCAAGAACCUGAGCUCCCAGAAGCAGUUCCGCUCCAAGGAGAUUUCCAAGUCCAACGUUGUGGACGACAUGGUCGAGGCCAACUCUGUUCUCUACAAGCAGGGCGAGCACCCUGACCACUGCGUCGUCAUCAAGUACAUGCCUGCCGUCGCCGACAACAAGCGUGCCCUCGAUGAGUACUAUGCCGAGAUCUUCAUGGGUGGUCACCAGACCAUUUCCCUCUUCAACAUUUGUGAGGACUCUCUCCUGGCCUCACCACUCAUCAUUGAUCUCGUCAUCAUUGCCGAGAUGAUGACCCGUAUUCAGUGGAAGUCUGCCGAGGGCGACUUUAAGCAGUUCCACAGCGUUCUGAGCGUUCUUAGCUACAUGCUCAAGGCUCCCCUGACCCCGCCUGGCACCCCGGUCGUCAACGCUCUUGCUAAGCAGCGCGCUGCUCUGACCAACAUUUUCCGUGCCUGUGUUGGUCUUGAGCCCGAGUCUGACAUGACGCUCGAGCACAAGCUGUUCUAA